AUGGCCGCGCAAGUUCCCGUUCAAACGAUCCAUCGGGAUCCCCAGUUGUUCUAUUGGAUACUGGGCCCCAUCACCGUGGUUAUGAUUCUCACCGGCAUGCUCCGGCACUAUGCGGCAGUUCUGAUGGCCGUCGCGCCCAAAAAGGUCGACGCCAAGGCCAUGCGCGAGCAGCGGUCUCUGCUACAUGGCAUCAACGUGCGCAGCAACUACCAUGUGCUGUCCAAGCGAUCCUUUAACACGCGCCGUGACACGCUGGCCUCGGCCUACGAGUCCGGCGCUUUUCUCAAGGCCCCCGAGAACCGUGGCCAGGCGCCCCCGAACCCCAUGACGGACCCCAAUGCCAUGGAGGGUAUGAUGGGCAUGAUGAAGAACAACAUGGCCAUGAUAGUCCCCAACACGCUCAUCAUGAGUUGGAUCAAUGCUUUCUUCAGCGGCUACGUCAUCAUGAAACUGCCAUUCCCUUUGACUGUCAAGUUCAAGAGUAUGCUCCAGGCUGGCGUUGCGACUCGUGAUAUGGAUCCGCGAUGGAUGUCCAGUAUCAGCUGGUACUUUCUGUGUAUUUUUGGCCUGCAGUUUGUUUUCAACUUCCUGCUGGGCAGCGACAAUGCCGCCAACCAAAUGGCUCAGCAGAUGGGCCAGAUGGGUCCCCAGGCCCCUCAGAUGUUCGGACCAGGUGUCGAUCCGGACAAGCAGUUCCUGGCCGAGGCCGAGAACCUUGCCGUCAUCGAGCACUACUCAGUCCUUGAUGACGUGGAGGAUAGGCUUUUAGAAAGACUGGGCGCGUGA